CUACUGCAACAGCACAACUCCGAGCUGCCUCUCCGCUGCAGCCAGCUGGAAAUCAGCGUCAUGAAGUGGAUGGUGCUGGCCUUGGUCUCCCUCCAGGCCUUGGAGGCAGUGGCAUUGGUCAAAAUCCCCUUGAAGAAAUUUAAGUCCAUCCGUGAGACCAUGAAGGAGAAGGGCCUCCUGGAGGACUUCCUGAGGACCUACAAGUAUGACCCGGCCCAGAAGUAUCACUUUGGUGACUUCAGCGUGGCCACCGAGCCCAUGGACUACAUGGACGCUGCUUACUUUGGCGAGAUCAGCAUUGGGACGCCACCACAGAACUUCCUGGUCCUUUUUGAUACCGGCUCCUCCAACCUGUGGGUGCCCUCUGUCUACUGCCAGAGCCAGGCCUGCACCAGUCACACCCGCUUCAACCCCAGCCUGUCCUCCACCUACUCCACCAAUGAGCAGACCUUCUCCCUGCAGUAUGGCAGCGGCAGCCUCACUAGCAUCUUAGGCUAUGAUACCCUGACGGUCCAAGGCAUCCAGGUCCCCAACCAGGAGUUUGGCCUGAGUAAGACCGAGCCGGGCACCAGUUUCCUCUAUGCGAAGUUCGAUGGCAUCAUGGGCAUGGCCUACCCCUCCCUGUCCGUGGAUGGGGCCACCACCGUCCUCCAGGGCAUGGUGCAGGAGGGUGCCCUCACCAGCCCGAUCUUCAGCUUCUACCUCAGCAG